ACUCUAUUAAGGUUGGGUGAAAUUGCACUAUAUAAACAACUUAAUUAUUAUCCUAACACUCAUAAAUUAAAGCUCCAUAUUUCUCUUAACUCCACCAUUCAAUAAAUCAAAACUGCCAUUCUCUAUUCUAAAACAGAGAAAUUAAACCAUGUCCUCUUUUCCACUCCGAGUCAUGGCCCCAAACUUUGAUGAGAGUCGAUGGAUUAUUCAAAUCCGUCGAACACUUGAUGAAGAACUUGAAGAAAUCACUGAAGUCCCAGUUAGCAUUUUCAACGUCCCCAAAACCCUAAUGGUUAGCGACCCGGACUCUUACGUGCCCCAAGAAGCGGCAUUAGGUCCUUACCAUUAUUGGCGUCCAGAACUCUACGAGAUGGAAAGGUAUAAAGUUGCUGCGGCUAAGAGAACUCAGAAACAACUCCAAAAUCUAAAAUUCCAAAAUCUUGUCGAACAUCUGAUAAAAUUGGAGUCUAGAAUUCGUGCCUGUUACCAUAAGUUCUUAAAUUUCAAUGGGGAAACUUUGGCCUGGAUGAUGGCUGUGGACGCCUCUUUUUUGCUCGAGUUUCUUCACAUCUAUGCUGCUAAAGAAGGUAAGGUUCUAACUACAGUUUCUUUCUCGAGGAUGUCACACUUAGUUGAUGCUUCUGGGAGAAAAUCAGCACACAAUGCCAUACUUAGAGAUUUAGCAAUGCUUGAAAAUCAAAUACCAUUAUUCGUGUUGAGGAAAAUUUUGGAACUCCAAUUCUCAUCUUUAGAAUUAGCAGACGACAUGCUGGUAUCUAUGCUAGUGGGACUUUGUAAGGAACUUUCUCCUUUCAAAAUGGUGGAAAUUUUCCCAGAGGUUAAAGUCACAGAAUCUGCUCAUUUGCUAGACUUUUUGUACCAAACGAUCGUGCCUAAAUUGGAAUUAGGAACUAAUGAAAUAACAGAAGAUCAUGAUCAGGAACAAUGCAAUGCGAAUCAAGGAGGAAAGAAUUCCUUUGGAAAAUCAAGUCACAUGAAACAAUUUCUAAAUGAAGUUUGGAAGAUACUUGUUAAAUUAAACAGAGGCCCGGUACAUCUUCUUAAAAGAAUAGUAUUUUCCAAACCUAUGAAAGUCAUGUUCAAGCUGCCCUGGACACUUCUCUCUAAUAUUCCUGGGCUAAAAAUCCUAAUUUUGCCCAUGAAAUAUCUAUGCUUCUCACAAGAGAAACCACAAGAAAAUCCUGAAAAUGAAAAUUCUAAUAAUCCACCUCUAGUGGAGGAAAUAGCCAUCCCCUCAGUAAGUGAACUUUCUAAAGCAGGGGUAAGUAUUGUAGCCACCAAUGGAGGAAUCACAAGCAUAAGUUACGACAGUAAAAAGAUGGCAUUACAUUUACCUACUGUCAAUCUAGAUGUAAACACGGAAGUUAUUUUAAGAAAUUUAGUAGCUUACGAAGCGUGUAAUGCAUCAGGACCAUUGGUUUUUACUCGUUACACUGAAUUAAUGAAUGGGAUAAUUGAUACGGCAGAAGAUGUAACAUUACUUAGAGAAAGAGGGAUUGUAUUGAACCGUUUGAAGAGUGAUGAUGAAGUCGCGAAUUUGUGGAAUUCGAUGAGUAAAUCAGUGAAGUUAACAAAGGUGCCAGUUUUGGAUAAAGUGAUUGAAGAUGUUAACAAGUUUUACAAUGGAAGGUGGAAGGUGAAGUUUGGGAAAUGCAUGAAAUACUAUGUGUUUGAAUCAUGGAAGUUUCUCACAUUCUUGGCUGCGAUUAUGCUGUUGAUGUUGAUGAGUUUGCAAGCAUUUUGUUCAGUCUAUAGUUGUGCUCGUGUAUUCAAGAUUGAGAGCUCUGGCCAGUGAUUUGUUUAUAGUAUUUUUUUAUCAUGUAAGAAGUGUUUUUUUGAAUCAUAUGCAUAUAAAGGAUUACUAUUGCUUAUCGGAUGAAAAAUUGCUGAAUUGAAGAAUGGAUUUGUUGAAUUGCUGUU